AUGCCUUUUGGAACUCUUCCCGUUAACGGCAAUGCGGUCCCUCAAUUUGCUCCUCCAUACACGAUCAAUACCCAGAGCUUCAGCGACGUCACCCUCAUCACGAUUCCCUACCGGGUCACGGCUGCGAGCAUUCGUCAUUUGGUUCCAGACGUUCUCGAGCUCGAAGAUGAGCCAUUGGUCUCUGCUAUGCUCGUCGACUAUGGCAUGAGCACCGUCGGCGCAUAUACAGAGUAUGUUCACUCUGUCGAAGUGACUUACAAAGGCAAGGUCUUCGGCUACUAUCUCUCUUUGAUCAUGAACAACGACUCUUCCAUCUUCUGCGGCCGUGAGCAAUAUGGUUACCCCAAGCGUCUCGGACACGUUUCCCUCGAUACGGACACCGGAUCACACAUAGUACGGGGCCAUGUCGAGAGACCGGUGGGGCAGAAGAUCGUCAACUUUGAUUUUGCUCCCUCGAGUCUCCUUCCCACUACGUCCCAGACCAACCCGGGCUUGAAUCUUCGUGUCAUCCCCUCCGCAUUGCCAAAUCAGCCGCCAUCGGUUAAAGAGCUGGUACCCGCCAUCAUGGAUAUCAAACCGAAGGAGAUCUACGGUGGGACCGGAUUCUCCGCUACGAGCCAGCUGUGA